AUGACUUCCAAUACAACUGUCAGUCUGUUUCAUAAUCCCUCGGCCCUUACCAUUGAGAACCUAUCGAAAGGCAUGAAUCACCACAAACUCAAUAUAUAUAACGCCAGAUAUCACGGGGGAAAUCCAGCGUCGAUGAGUAAUACCCGUUAUGGCACUAAUAAUACUAACGGUGCUCACUAUUCGCACGUAAUUUCAAAUUUUAACACUGAAGAAGCCAGUGAUCUGCAAACUACUGGCAGUAGUAGUAAUAAUCACAGCACACAAAGUAGUCGACUUCAAAGUUAUCCACCACCUCAUAGCCUACAUCUUCAACAACAACAGCAAUCAAUGCAACAACAACAGCAUCUUCAACAACAACAACAACAACUACUACAUAAUCAACAAAAUCAUUCACAACAGUUGAGCUCAGUUGUCAAUCGGAUCAGACCUGAAAAAUCUAAUAGACGUAACGUACAAAAGCUUACGUGGAGAAGCUCUCAAUGGGUAAAAGGAUUUGACGGGGAAGACGGGGAUGAAGACUAUGAGAGUAGUCAACAACAACAACAGCAGCACAUGGAUAACAGUAUGACUAUCAGUGAUGUGUCGACUACUGUUGCCAUCAGACGAAUACUAUUGCUAUACGAAAAUCUACAGUUCCGCGAGGCGGCCAAUUUUAUCAAUCGGCUUAAUUACGGCACAUUUAGGUCAAUCCUAACUGAUCUACCAAUCGAUGUAUUUGUCGAAUCAAUACCUAAUUCGUUGCCAAUUUUGGAGGCCUUAUACGCAAAAGUGUUUCUUAGUUGCGGCGAUGGACUUACCGUUUCCUUUAACUUUCUUCAUCCGCAUCACGUAAUCAUGCAAAUGGUUCGCCUCUUUGCCCUUCAAAACCCCAGUAUACCCGACAACAUCGUGUCGUGUAAAAAGCUAUUAAAGGUUAUAAUACUAUCUGAGCCCGGGUUACGCAAACAUGUGUACUGUAAAAAGCGAUCACUUGAUCGGGCCAUAGAAGGUAUGGGCCAUCACGGACUGGUCGGUACUUCCGAUGAAAAGCUUAUGGUUCUACACGAAGCACUGAAACUUGAGUUUGAACGCGUUAUUCAACAGUACAAGACUGCUGUCCAAAAGUUAGAGGAGUUGGCAUUAGCCAAAAAUAAGGAACCGACUACCCGUUCCCUAUCGCAGGGACCGGCACCGACCAACAGUUCCCAUCAACGACUGUUGAGUCUACGUCAGGACGAGAUACAGGAGCGGCUGAUCAAGAAUAAGACCCUAUUGAAUGCUAUUGAACCAUGCUCAUUUACUAAUCACUCGCUGCAGAUACUGCUGGCCAUACUCCAGAAGCGCAUCGAUUAUGAUAAAGAAGUACUUUUCCAGUUCACACAACUGAGAAAAGAGUAUUCAGCGCUCAGUCCUAACUCGACGGCCCAGAAUCCCAUUGAUAAAGAAGCCAUCGUUGCUCCAGUUCUGAUGCGAUUCUCACAUGGAUGUGGACAGGUCCUGAAUCUCAUCAAAGAGGUUCAUGGGUCGGAUCCCAUGGACAACAACGAUGACAGCAGCGAUAUAUCGGGAUAUCAUAGCGACUCGGAUUCGGCUCUCAUUAUGAACUCACCACUCAAUAUACCAAACUAUAAGGCGACCAAAAAAUAUAAUACAGUACUCUAUCGAUCGGUACGUGUCAAAAACAAUAGGCCGAGUGCUAGACGAUUGGGUAAUGUCGGCGAAUCGUCGUCAGCCGGCAGUGACACACAAUCUUUUUCCGACAGCGGAAAGUCGGACAACAGCAACAACGGUGGCAACAAUGGAUCAGCUGAUGUCAAGUUUACAUCGGAUUCAAUCUCUUCUGGCUCUCGACGAGACUCAUCGGGUGGCGUCGGCGGUGGCGGCAGUGGUGCUGUGACAGUGAAGGGCAACAUUUGGACACAGCAUGUGGUGAACGAUACGACUGAAGUGGAUGUACUGCGCCGUGAACUGGUCAAAGCCAAGCAAACUAUUUUUGAGUUACAGGACAAGGAGCGCAAAAUGAAGGACCGAUUGGCUGAACAAACACAGCGAAUGCUGGAAAGGGGUGUUCGCUUUGAGAAUGUCUGUCUCGGAGAUCGGAGACCGACAGCUCUUAUCAGAAAAUACGGCAAUCUUUACGCACAGGCCCGCGUCGACACAUUGGACGCAUUGGACAGUUUGCAAGCACUGAAAGAUGCGGAUGAACUCAAAUCAAAACUCCUUUUCUCUGUAGUUGUCCUGGCGUUCCGUUCAGUGCAUCACUUAUUGGUCGACAUAAGGCGUCGAUUGAAUCAAUUACUUCAGAUUCCGGACUCAUUAGGCGUCCAUAAUAUCGAUCCGUCGGUUAAAGAGUUGCAUUCAAGCGUUAACCACUAUUUGAGGUCAAACACCGAUCGAUUUGAUGUUAACAAAAAUGUUGAGGAGGUUUGCACACAGAUAUGGGCCACACUUUACGACUAUCCGUGUUUGAAAGCAUGCGAUCUAUUGGUAACAUACGUACGGGACUGUGUCCGACUUGCGUGGGCGCUGUCCAUACAGACCCCAUCCUAUGUGAUUGAGUACGAGACCCGAAGCUUCCGCAAGGAUAUGCACAUCAAGUUUCACGCAUCCAAUCAGGAGUCCGAUGUAAUUAAGACCUAUCUAUGGCCGGCCCUACUCGAGGAAGCGCCUAACUGUUCCUGUGUUCAUAAGGGAGUUGUCAUUACCUGA